AAAAAAAACACUUGUUUUAACCCUCGGUUCUGGAGGCCAAAGGUCCAGCAGCCACCUGGUGGUGGCUGUCAUUCUGGCAGAGUCCAGAAACAUCACAGGUCAUCACACGGUCAGAAACAGCAUACGAUACGUGUUGCUUCCUCUUCCUAUAAAGCCAUCGAGUUUUGACCAUGGUGGCUCUACCCUGGUAACUUAAAUUCUAAUAAUCUCUCAGAAGCCCUACCUGAAGGACACAGUCCUGUUUCCUACCCUCUUAAAACCUCACACUGGGGUGGGGUAUAAACUCCAGCAUGAGCUUUCACUUUGGAGGACACGCCAUCUUCAAUCCCCGGCAGUGUUUUAAGAGCUCUUCUGGGGGUCAGGGACCCAGGCGUCCUUCAGUCUCUUUCCUGUUCCAAUCUAGCUCAUCAUGCCGGGUGGCUCCACCAGCUCCAGACACUGCGUCAUCAUCCCAUUUAACAGAAGGAAAAGGGGGGGGAGGACUUCUUCUGCCGUGUCUGUAUACACAGCACUGGCCAGAACUAAGUCACACGGUUCAUCAACUGGAAGGAAACCCUUCAGGAAGGCAGCCUUACUCUGGAUAGCCAUUUAUUUGCUCCACUAAAAUUCAGGAGUUCUUUAUCUGAGGGAAAAGAAAGAGCCAAUCUAAGGGGCUAUAAUUUGACUCUGCCUAGCUGGACACCAAGCUGGGCCACCAAAAGCUAGGGAGUUAAGGUGAGCGGCCGUGGCCAUGUCAGGUCCUUCCAGCCCUCUUGAGAAUGAGGCAUAGACUAGAAGGGAAGCAAGGGGUGACCGCAGUUCAGACUGGACAGAAAAGUGGCUGAAAGGCAAAGGAUCCAUGUGAGAGGACAUGGGGAGAGAACAUGAAUUUGUCCUGUGUUAGACACAUGUGCUGACUCCGUAACCCCCAAAAUCCAUCCACUAAAGUCCUAACCCACAGGACUUCAGAAGGCAGCCAUUGGAGAUGAGCCCUUUAAUACAGUGAUUAGUGCUGACUGAUGCCAUGGGGACCAAUCCAGUCUUCCUGGCAUCCUUCUAAGAGGAGAUUAGGACACAGACUGGUACAGAGGGACAACCGCAUGAGAUCACAGGCGCAGAAAGCAUCUACAGCCGAGGGAGACACAGCAGAAAGAAGCAGCCAUGCAACACCCAGACCCGGCCUUCUAUUCCCAGAUUGAAGAACAGCCGCCUGCAGAAGAGUAAGCUCCCCACUGGUACUGAGUUAUGCAGCCCCAUGCAGACCAGGUUGUAGAAAGUGUCUGUCUCUCAGCCCCCAGCCCCGGUGUGCUGGGCUGCCGCCAACUGUUAGCACACUGCUCUAAGGGAAGGGGUAUGGUGUAGACGUGUGGUCUUGUCCCUGCCAAUAAUUGGGGACCCAAGAUCCAGGGGGCUGAGGGAGGCAGGAGUCAAGCAGAGUGGCACCAGACAGGGCCAGCACAGGUCUGGAAAAGUUGGAAGACAUGGAACAGUGCUGGGCAGAAGCUGGGGUGGGGCGCUAGGUCACCCAGUGCCCGGGCUUUGAACUAGGAGUAUGGGUUGGAGAGGGAGGUCUCCCCAAGCACUGACAUUGAGGUUAGAUGUAUGAGGCACAGUCAAACGCUCUGUGGCCCCGAGAGUAGGGGAGAGAACAAGAAGGUGGGGUGCUAGGUACACAGAUUGCUCACCACCAAGAGGUCUCUGGUGUCCAAUGGAACCCCUGAAGCAGCAGCCUCAGGACUCAUUUCCCUCAGAGCAAGCACCCAGAGGUGACCUUGAGAAUGAAAUUCUGAAAGGAUGGAAUUCCAGGGUUCUCUGGGCAUUGAGAACCUUAGUCCCAUCACAAUGACCUGAAAUUCCGAGGACAAUCUCAACUUAGGCUCAGUUGUGAGCAGGAAGGCUGAGAGGCACACAGGACUCUUGGAGGACCUUUAGGGCCCCACCAUGAAGAUUCACAAUGAAGCAGCUGUAGAAGCACAGAUACAGGAGCUAAGGACCAUCACUCGGCUCCAGGAACAAUGUCGGGCGCUCCAGAUCCAGGGCGUGAAGGAGAAGACGGCACAGAACAAGGCUACACUAGGCCUCCUGCGCAGCAACCUCCGUCGAGGGGCCCAGGAGUGGGCUUUGGCUAAGAAGUAUGAUCAGCGGACCAUCUCCAAAGCCUGCGGGAAGGACGUGUCUAUGAGGCUGGCACACCGCCGUUGUUCUAUGGAGGUGGCUCGGGAGAAGCUGCGCAAGUACGUCUUCGACCGUGUGAAUGCACACAACGUACUGAUCCAUCUGGCUCGUCUACGGGGACAGAAGCUGGAGAGCUUGCAGCUGGAGCUGGCCAGUCUUCGGAACCAGCCUGAUGCCACGAAAGACGAGCUAAAGCUGCUGCAGAUUAUCCGCCAGCUGGAGAACAACAUUGAAAAGACCACACUCAAGAUCACCACCAGCCGGAACAUCCACAUGCUGUACUCAGACCUGCUGGACUACCUUAAGAGGGUGCUGGCGGGCUACCCCACGGAGCUAGACAAGCUUCAGAACCUGGUAACCGACUACUGCUCGGAGCUGUCAGAUAUGACCGUCAUGUCCCAAGAUGCCAUGAUGAUUACUGAUGAGGUCAAGAGGAACAUGAGGCAAGGGGAGGCGACCUUCAUCGAGGAGCGAAGGGCACGGGAAAACCGGCUGAACCAGCAAAAGAAGCUUAUUGACAAGAUCCACACCAAGGAGACCAGCGAGAAGUACCGCCGUGGCCGAAGGGACUUGGAUUUCCCCUCCAAUCUGAUGAGUAUGGAUACCAUGAAGGUGAGGAGAAAAGAAACUUCCAUAGCAGAUAUGGAAUACCAGACAGAAGUGACCACUUUGGUAGAGAGGGUCAAGUCUGCUGUACAGUGCUCUCACCUCUGGGACAUAGCGGGCCGCUUCCUGGCUCAGAAGAACACAGAGGAGAACCUUGAGCUGCAGAUGGAGGAUUGUGAGGAGCGGCGGAUGCAGUUGGAAGCCCUGAUGAAGAAGCUGGAACUGGAAGAGGCACUGCUCAAAUUCCACCAGACACCCAGCUCUGUUGGCUUUGAUUCAAUUGAAAAAAAGAUGGAGAACAUGCUAGAAGAGGAAGAAGCAAGGCUGCAGCUGGCCCACAGCAACAUGACCAAGAGCCAGCAGCUGCUGCUGGCCAUCCAGACAGGUAUUGAUAACCUCUACAUCCGGCUCAUCGGCAUCACCUUGCCAGCCACCCAGAAAGAAGUAGCAAUGUCGGACACCCUUGAUGUGUAUGGCAAGCUGGAGUACUGCGAGGGGAAGCUCAUAUAUCUAGCUGAACGUGUGCAAAUGCUGACCAUAGAUGAGGAGGUCGACACAAAGGUGAGGGAUGCCCUGGAAUCAUCCACUCUAAAUGAGAAACAUAAUACCAGGAUUACCUUUGAGGACCAAGAGGAGGACAUGAUAGAAACCUUCCAGUUUGCCGACGUGGAUCAUAGCUACGUCCCUUCGCGGGCCGAGAUAAAGAAACAGGGCCAGCGAUUGAUCGAGGGGAAGCUCAAGAUGUCCAAAAAGAAGAAAAAGUAG